AUGACUACCAUGAACGUUGUGGCUGAGGCAGUGCGUGAGGCUGCAGUAGCAGCGGCUAGGGUUGUUGAUCGUCUUGGAGUGAGAAACGGGAAUGAGAAUGAGCAUGGGGAAGAUAGUGGAAAUGAUGAGAAUAACUUGGGGCAUCUCGAAAGACCUAUGACCUUUGCGACUUUUUUGAAGCAUGUUCCGGAAGGCCAACACGUGGAGUUUGCUACUUAUAUGCUGGAAGGAGAAGCUGAGCAUUGGUGGCAGGAGAUACAGCGACUGUUGCAACAAGAUGAAGGCAAUAUUCCUUGGAAUACUUUUAAGGAUGAAUUUUAUAAGAAGUAUUUUCCGAGGGCAGCUCGUGACGCUAAGAAGAUGGAACUUAUGCAGCUGAAACAGGGUAACACAACUGUUGCAGAAUAUGCCCGUAAGUUUGAUGACAUGUGCCGUUUCUCCAAGAUCUGCCAAGGGAAUCCUACUGAUUUUGAAGAAUGGAAGUGUUUGAAGUUCGAAGGGGGCCUUCGUGAGGAUCUGAUGAGUUCAGUAGUUCCAUUGGAGAUACGAAAUUUUGCUGAGUUGGUUAAUAAGUGUAAGUUAGUGGAAGAAUGUGCUAAGAAGGUAAGUGCCUCUAAAGCAAGUCGUCAAGGAUUUCCACCAAGGAACUACAAUAGUUAUCACUGGCAACCACGUAGGACAAACUCCAAGACACCUGGUGUGCCACAGCAAAAGAAUCCACAAGCUGGUAACGUUCCUGCUCGCCCUACGGGUGGAAACGGAGGUAGACCAAGGCAGGAUAAUGGUAAAUGA